UCGCUCAGUCACUGUUUCGCUGCUCAAGCAUAAAGCUUUAUUCUUACCUUAUUAACCUUGCAAUCCCAUUCUCUACGCAAUCUCCUUUUCAUUAUCCUUAACUUGUUUCAGAAGCGCUUUGCCUAUACGUUCAGUAUAUUAGUCUACUUACCAGUUUUUGCUGUUCUUUCUCUUCUGAGCCCACGACACAGAGCAUCAAUUGCAUCUCCCCGAUAUUUUUAAUACUUUAUAUAGCAAGUUCCAGUUCUUUCCAGUCUCCUUCCUCCUCGAAUCAACUCUCUAUAUUUUCCCUCACCCAGCCCCUAAUUUACUGAACAAGUAAGGAUGAUAUGGGUGGCUUAGUUUCACAUCAUAACCCUAAGAAAGAUGGUGAUGCCCAUGGUAGAAGUAUUAGCAGCAGAAACGACAGCGUAGGCCAUAAUAAAAGAACACCUUCGUCUUCUUCAUCUUCAUACUUCCCAAACAUGUCUGGACAACCAUCACUCGGUCAUUCCAGCGGUAGUAGCCAAUCAACGGGUUCCGCUCUUCAAAAGAAGCUAUCAAUCAAGAAGAAAUAUGCUUUUAUACCAGAUAAUUUUUCAUCCUUGGAACAGGUUACAAAGUCCUUGAGAGAAGCUGGCUUGGAAUCAUCAAAUCUCAUUGUGGGCAUUGAUUUCACUAAAAGCAAUGAAUGGACAGGGAAAAUUUCUUUCAAUAAUCGUAGCCUGCACGCAAUUGGCAAUACACCUAAUCCAUAUGAGAAGGCCAUCUCAAUUAUUGGAAAGACUUUGGCUCCCUUUGAUGAUGAUAACUUGAUUCCCUGUUUCGGCUUUGGUGAUGCCACCACUCAUGAUCAAGAAGUAUUUAACUUUCACAGUGAUCAUUCUCCUUGCCACGGUUUUGAAGAAGUUUUAGCCUGCUACAAAAAGAUUGCUCCCAACUUGCGACUUUCAGGGCCAACUUCUUAUGCACCGGUGAUUGAGGCUGCAAUGGACAUUGUGGAAAGAAGCGGAGGUCAAUACCAUGUAUUGGUUAUCAUAGCAGAUGGCCAGGUUACUAGAAGUGUCAAUACAGCUGACGGGGAGCUAAGCCCACAGGAAGAGAAAACAAUUAAGUCAAUUGUGGAUGCAAGUUCAUACCCACUGUCAAUAAUUCUUGUUGGGGUUGGUGAUGGACCUUGGGAUGACAUGAAGAAAUUUGAUGACAGAAUCCCAGCACGUGAAUUUGACAAUUUUCAGUUUGUUAACUUCACGGCAAUUAUGUCUAAAAAUACAACCACCUCUGAAAAAGAAACAGAGUUUGCUCUUGCUGCACUAAUGGAGAUCCCCUCCCAGUUCAAAGCAGCUCAUGAAUUUGGUAUAAUUGGCCAUACUACUGGAAGAGCAAAGAAAAUAGUACCACGCCCUCCGCCAGUUCCUUACGUUCAUCGUCCACUGCCGCCAGACCAUCAAUCUAGCAAUGCAUCUUCCACCACCCUAGAUGAGAGAACCCAGGCCUGCCCCAUUUGCCUGACUAAUGCCAAGGACUUGGCCUUCGGCUGCGGACACAUGACUUGUAGAGAAUGCGGAUCAAGGGUGUCUAGUUGUCCCAUAUGCCGCCAGCCGAUUACUAACCGUCUUAGGCUGUUUGCUUGAAUGAAUUUCGCACAAGGGAUGUUAAACAUUAGCGUUGCUUGAUGACUGCAUCAGAACAACUGUAUCUUAAACUUGGAAACGUCUAGAAUACUGCUUCCUCACUCACAAGAAAGCGGGUCUCCGUGUUUAUGUGAGGUGAAUGUACACACCUAAUGCACUGAAUAAUCUAUCCUUAAAACUGAAGAUAUUCCUAGGCUUUUCCUUCCCUCCCUCUGUGCAGGUGUGGAGACACGUUAACUGUUUAUAUUCCAUUUCCAGCCGUGAAUGUUGCUUUGUAAAUUGCAUGCUCAGCUCAAUUUGUGCAUCUGGAAAGUUACUCAAUGCAAGUGUUUGCUUUUCGAUUGCUUUUAAA